CAGAUGAACCACAAAAACAAGUCACUCAGUUGCGAUUAAUCCUCCAGGAGACUAAGUUUUAACAGUACAAGAAACUGAACGUGUUGUUGAAGAUUGCUACUUUCAAACGAAUUUGGUUUAUUUUCUCAACAACCAGAUUUGAAAAAAAUAAAGUAACCUUUUUUUUUUCCUCUUCAAGGUUUCUUUUUUCUGUGAUGCCUGCUGGCAUGUUCAGCAUCGACAGCAUUUUAGCUGGCAGACCCGGCUGCAAGGAAUCCGUUUUACUACAUCGGAAUGCUCCGGUUGUUUUUUCUAAUUUGACGGAUUCACUGUACGCUACCGAUUACAGUGGGCUUUAUGCUCACACAGCACCUCCUGCUUCAGUAAAUGGAUCUAGGCUCGGAUAUAAUAACUAUUAUUAUGGACAGCUUCACAUGCAGGGACCAGCUAGACCAGGUUGCUGUGGCACGAUACCUCCUCUUGGCGCACAGUGUCCAUGCAUUCCUGCAGGUUAUGACGGUGCUAGCUCGGUGUUGCUGUCCCCUGUCCCUCAUCAGAUGAUGCCCUAUAUGAAUGUAGGAACAUUGUCUAGGACUGAACUUCAGCUUCUUAACCAGUUGCACUGCAGACGGAAGAGGAGACAUCGUACCAUCUUCACCGAUGAACAGCUGGAAGCUCUAGAGAAUCUGUUCCAGGAAACCAAGUACCCCGACGUUGGAACAAGGGAACAGCUGGCACGGAGAGUGCACCUUAGAGAGGAAAAAGUUGAGGUGUGGUUCAAAAACCGCAGAGCCAAGUGGAGGAGGCAGAAGAGGUCUUCUUCAGAAGAACCAGAAAACUCACCAAAAUGGAACAAAUCUUCCAACAUUUCAACAGAAAAAACAGAAGAUGAAGCAAAAAGUGAAGUGGAUUCGGACAGCUGAUAAAUAAUUCUAUUUUCUAAAGACUUUGCACAAAUGGAUCCAUUUAACUUGCACAUAUCCCUGCGUUUCCCUGGAGACAUUCUGUAAAUAGUGUACAUAGUGUGUGGAUUUUGAAGUAAUAACAAUCUGUUGCAUUGGUGUUGCACAAGUAUAUACCGUAAGGUUUAUUUUUGUUGUUGUUUUUAACAUGGAUAUUUAUAUUUAAAUUGAAUACAACUUUAUUAAACGCACACUGGCUACAUAAAGUAAAAAUACCUGAAGGCUACGGUGCUAUAAAUAGAUUUUCCCAGAAGAGCAAUUUGCUUUUUUUAAUUAUUUUCUCUGGGGGCGAAUUAUUCCUUUGAUUUGCGAAAUCUGGAAUUCUGUUAAGGGUUACUUUGAGCAUCAUCAAGUGUAGUAUAUGCAAACCAUUUCAGUAUUGAAAUAUUACAGUAACGCCUGUAAAAAUGUAAAACAAAUUAAUAAAGUUACUAUUAUAUCUUAAAUUGUGUUGCUUGUACUUGCAGUAAAAGCUGCAAUCAUGGAAUAAAAUGUUAAUUACUUCA